ACACAGAAUCCCGCGGUAAGCAAGUCGAGCACUAUAUAAAUCAAUAUGUUUGAAGAUUCCCAACAUAUAAACCCUAAACCUCUGGCUCUCUCAUAUUAGGGUUUCAAAAACAAGGGAAACAUUCCAAAUCAACCAAACGCGAAUGGCUUUCUGGGGUGUUGAGGUGAAGCCCGGAAAGCCUGUUAUUCAUUCUUGUGAGAAGGCUCGAGGAAGACUGCGGAUUUCCCAGGCAACUCUGGGGAUUAGUGAUGCUACCAAGAAGAGCAUAGUACAAUGUAAUGUGGGUAAGAAGAGUCCAGUCUUGCUCUGUGCUUUGCUUCCCAACCAGACGGAGUCGUGCCAUUUAGAUUUGGAGUUUGAGGAGGCAGAUGAUGUGGUGUUCUCCGUCAUUGGCCCUCGAAGUGUCUACCUCACUGGUUAUUACAUUCGUCAAAGUCAGCAGUCUGGUCCUCAAAGUGAUUCAGAAUCAUAUGGGGUGGAUAUUCAAGAUAGCCAGACAGAGGAAUCUAGUUAUCGAAGCGAUGACGAUGACUAUGAGGACAGCUUCAUUGAUGAUGAUGAAGUGCAAAAUUUUUCACCAUCCCCUGUUUCAAGAAGCAAAGUUAAAGUGGAGGAUGAGACUGCAUCAGAAAGUGAUAGGCCAAACAAUGGAAAGGGUCAACGUAGACGAUUUAAGAAGAAUCGCCAAGUAGUUGAGUCAGAUGAUGCUAGUUCAAAUGAUAGUGAAGAUGACGAUGGCUAUCUAUUAUCUAUUUUCAAAAGUAAAAAAGCUGAGAAGGCAUCUUCGACUGGUAUAGGAGCCAAUAUUGUCAACCAGAAUGUACCUACUAACAAUGGGAAGGACCAGGUGCAUUCGUUUGGUCGUGAAAAACCAAAAAAGAAAAGAAAAGAACGGGCUGAACAAGAGAAGAUCAGUGAAGUUGAAAAUGAUGAGGGUUAUAACGUUCACAGGGAAGAUAAAAGGAACGGAGUUGAAGCCUCCAAAAAUCUGGAUAUUGAAGCUCAUCAAUUGGUGGCUCCUCCAGAAUUGGACUCUGAAAAAUGUAGGAAAUCAAAAAGAAGAAGAAAACAACUUCAAUCCGAAGGAGCAUUUACAGAAGAGAUUGAUGUGAAAUCAGAAAUCGUUGCUAAAGAUGAUAACCUCGAGCAGAGUUUAUUACAUACUGUCAGCAAGAAGGAUGUGAAAGCCGCAAAUGGAGAUCAAGAACAACAUAUUGACAAUGACAUCAGCAUAAAAUCUGGGUUACUCGAUACUGCUAGUCAGGCAGAGAAGAAAAUUAAGAAGAAGACGACGAAGAAGAAGAAGAAGAAAGAUCAAGGCAAUGGAGAGUCUGAAAUGGGAUUGCCUGAUACAGCACACGAUCAAGAAACGGAGCCUGUGAAAUCUGAGAAUCAUAUAAAUGCAGAGCCAGCACGGAACAGGACCCUAUCAAAUGGACUCAUUAUUGAAGAGGUGGCAAAUGGACCUCCUGAUGGAAAACUAGCUUCUCGUGGGAAAAAGGUCAAGAUUUUUUACACAGCCAUUUUGAAGGAGAAUGGUCAUGUAUUUGACUCGAAUGUGGGCAAGCGUCCCCACAAAUUUCGGUUAGGCAAUGAAGAAAUUAUCGAUGGAUGGAAUCUUGGCAUUGAAGGUAUGCAUGUUGGUGAUAAAAGGAGGCUCAUUGUCCCACCAUCUAUGGGUUUUGGGGAUCAUGGAGUAGGCGAAAAUGUUCCACCGGACUCAUGGCUUGUAUAUGAUGUCGAAUUGGCUGGUGUCUACAAAUGACUCGAUCUUUUCGUAUGACUCUCCUGCUCCGUUCUGAAUGCUUUCCUUUCAACACCUUCAGUUGGAAGAAACAAGGUCUGAAGCAGACGAGACGAGACUCGUGAGUGGCGGUGGUCUAAAGCCGCAUCUCCAACUGCGAUUCAUAUCUAAGGCAAGGCCGUUUCUGUUAUCGUAUAUAUGUGUACAAGGAUAUUAAGUGUACCUUUAUCUCUAUGCUUAAUCUCCAAUUUUUGUAUGAAUUUCUUUUUCUUCACUGCAAUACCAUAACCACCCCAAGCAUCAAAGGUGGGAAUAUAGUCAUUUACAUAUUGAAAUAUCUGUUACAGUAUCUGCUUUUAUUUUCA